AUGGCGGAAUCAUCACAACUCAUCCACGCGCUCUACGCGCUUUCCAGGAAGAAUCCCAAGCUCGUCAAGUCUAGCAAGUAUAUUGCCCCUGCAGAUGAUCGCAUCGAAAUCACCAGCUGGAAGAUGAACGAGUUCAAGUAUUAUGAUGUUCCCAGUCCAUUUCCGACUCUGGCUCGUGGACUGUUCACUACAGAAAACGGAGACGACGUCGAGGGGACCGACGUCAAGUAUCGCAUCGUCGCGCGAGGCUACGACAAGUUCUUCAACAUUGGCGAAGUUCCGUGGACAAACUGGCGAGCCAUCGAGCGCCAUACGACUGCUCCAUAUACCCUCACUCUCAAGUCCAACGGUUGUAUCAUCUUCAUCGCUGCACUCUCUCCUGAUAAACUCCUUGUUACGUCAAAACAUUCGCUCGGUCCUGUUGCAGGCGCAGAGGAGAGUCAUGCUCAAGUGGGCGAACGGUGGCUCAAUACGCAUCUCGAACAGGCCGGAAAGACACGCGAGCAGUUGGCUGCAACUUUGUGGGAAAAGAAUUGGACGGCGGUUGCAGAAUUGUGUGACGACUCGUUUGAAGAGCACGUCCUGCGCAUCCCGUCUGAAAUGACCGGUCUUCAUCUCCAUGGCCUCAACGCCAACGUUGGCGAAUUCAACACUCAAGCUCAGCCAGUCGUCGAUGCGUUUGCCGAGGAAUGGGGCUUUAUCAAGACGGCGUCCCUCGUGCUUAAUACGGAGCGCGAGGUUCGCGAGUAUACUCAAGAAAUCGGAAAGACCGGGAAAUGGAACGGAGUCCCUGUCGAAGGGUUUGUCGUACGCACGACAAUUGGACCCAGGCCUGCUGAGGCUGGCAACGACACACCGCCUUACGCUCCUGGAUCCUCCUUCUUCUUCAAGGUCAAGUUUGACGAGCCGUACAUGAUGUAUCGUGAUUGGCGAGAGCUUACCAAGGCACUCCUCGCUGCCAAAGCCAAAGGGAACAUUGCGGAUGCCAAGUUGUCGAAAGCAAAGCUGAGGCGAAAGGAGACGAUGGUGUACAAACAAUGGGUGGAAAAGGAAAUUGUUCGCAAUCCGAAAGCCUUUGCGUUGUAUACCAAGGGUCGAGGAAUCAUUGCAGUUCGAGACAGGUUCUUCGAAUGGCUUGCCACUCCCGAAGGCCAGAAAUCCGAGGGUUUAGUCAAUGUGGAGAUUCCUCAAAAGGUAGAGGCGGGAGCAACGAACAAAGUGGUCAUCGUCCCAGUCGCUGUACCCGGUUGUGGCAAGACGACAAUUUCGGUCGCUUUAUCGCAUCUAUUUGGCUUUGGGCAUACUCAGAGCGACAACAUCAAGGCCAAAAAGGCGGCUCCAGCAUUCGAACGCAGCAUCGUCGAGCUUCUUAAGACGCACGACGUUGUGAUUGCAGAUCGUAACAAUCAUCUCACCCAACAUCGUGCGGGCAUCCGAAACGCCGUCUCUUCACUCAGCCCACCACCGCGGCUCAUUGCUCUCAGUUGGUCGGUAGCAGGUGACAGUGCCGGUACGGUGCAUCACAUUGUCACGGAAAGGAUUCUUUCCCGUGGAGACAAUCACCAGAAGCUCACGCCUGGUGCUGUUACCGACUAUAAAGAUGUCAUUUGGCGCUUUCUCAAAGACUCGAAUGAGCUCGCUGAGGAUGAAGUCGAUGAUGUGAUUGAGAUGGAGGUUGAUGAAGAUCUGGAGGACGCAUUGGCGAGGGCCGUCAGCGGCAUCGUUGAGCUAGUCGGAUUAGAAAAGCCAUCAGACGAGAAGAUGGGCGAGGCUUUGCGUAUCGCCAGAGAGUAUCAACCGAAUUCCAUGGCCAUCGUCAAGAAGGGUACAAAGCAGGAAGCAAAUCGUAACGAUCAAACGGCCACGGCUGGUCCCUCGACUUCUGGAAAGAAGGAAAAAAGCAAAGCCCACGCGCCUCGUUACUAUGCCAUCAUGCCAGAAAUCGAUCUCCAGGAGCUGCUUGAGGAUAUUAUGAAGGAGAAUGAUACCAUCCCCGACUCGGCACGUCAAUUCUGGAACGGUCUGCAGAAGAGCGGACGUGUCGCCCCGCAUCCACACAUCACUAUCGUACACACCAAAUCACGCCAGGAUCAACAAGAACUUUGGUCAGCAUGUGAGACUGUGGAAAAAGCUCAGCCAGUGUUCGAGUUUACUAUUGGCCACCUAGUGUGCAACGACGAGGUUAUGGCGUUGGCAAUCGAUAACAUAGCUAUCGCACCUGGACAAGAAGGACCUGCUACAGAAGCUUUCUUGCAAGCGAUGGAUGACAAGACGCGAUCAAGGCUCCAUAUCACCAUCGGCACAAAGAAUCCUAGCAUCCCUCCUGUCAAUGCAAAGACUAUGAUUGAAAAAUGGAAGGCGGGUAAAAUGUCUAACAUAGAUGUCUUUGCUUUGACAGGUAAAACCGCACAAGGCCAACUCUCCGGCCUCUUCGCUUAG